AUGCCACACACAGGUCAAACUGGCGUUAAUCAGUUGGGAGGGAUAUUCGUGAACGGCAGACCUCUUCCGGAUCAUGUGCGCAGGCGCAUUGUUGAGCUGGCUCAGAUGGGAGUCAGGCCGUGUGACAUAUCACGGCAGCUUUUGGUGUCCCAUGGAUGUGUUAGUAAGAUACUCACACGAUAUUACGAAACUGGUUCCAUCAAACCAGGCUCCAUUGGCGGAAGUAAACCAAAGGUAAACAGAUCUAUCCCGCCUGUUAAUACGCAGGUGGCAACUCCACUAGUUGUACGAAAAAUUCUUCGGUACAAACAGGAGAACCCGGCGAUAUUUGCUUGGGAGAUUCGUGAUCAACUCUUAUCUCAGAGAGUAUGUGAUGACCAGACCGUUCCAAGCAUCAGUUCCAUUAACAGAAUACUGCGAAACUGCGGCGUCUUGCCUUUCAACACACCAGACCUCAAUUCUCCGCCAGGUGGAACCAUACCGGCUUCAAUUCCGGCGAAUCAUUGCCAGCCACUGAAUCAUCUCAUGUCUGGCUUCACAGCCAGUAAGACGCACCUGCCGAUAGGGGGAGCAGUGAUUUCGAUGAGUGUACCAGGGUUAUCUUAUCCCGCGCUAGUUACACCACUGCCGACGGAAGACACAACGUCUGACAAAAGUAGCGACGAGAAUGGGCGUGAAAAGCUAAAACGAAAAGCGGACACAACAAAUGAUUAUUUGAGGGAAGCUACCGUUAUUACCAGCAUGUGUGGGCCUCAGAAUAACGCGUGCCGAUCACGUGACAGUGCUGACAACAAACAGGAAAAACCAUGGGUGUUUGCUAAGCAACAGAGAGUUUGGGAAAGCCAGAGUUUUUCCCCAGUUCACGCACAGCCAGAAGUUAACGUUAAUAGCUACUGUUACCUGAGCAUGUGCGGUUAUCCACAAAUCUUCCUCCCGGGAAUCUAUCCUUUCACCGCGGCGAUGAUGUCCUCCAUAAUGCCUGGUCGAAUUCCGAUGACGUCGCUCGCUCCAAAAGUUUCUCUUCAAUCAAAUACAAAUAGUGUUGUUUCCAUGGAUACUGACGUGCGGAAAAAGUAA